AUGGAUCGUGCACUCCAGGAUGCCAAGAUUCAUGCACCGCGCUUCAGACAGGCCACACGAGAGAACGCGGCGGCGUAUACAAAGCCCUUUUGCGAUUUCUUGACUGAUAAUCCAACCGUGUUCCAUGCCGUGGACGCUUUGAAGAAGCAACUCAAAGACGCAGGUUUUACCGAGAUUUCCGAGAGGGACACUUGGAAGAUUGAGUGUUCGGGCAAGUACUUUGUCGAGCGCAACGGCUCUUCGAUGAUCGCCUUUGUGGUCGGUGCCAACUAUCAGCCUGGAAAUGGUGCCGCGAUUCUCGCUGGACACGUCGAUGCUCUCACAGCUAAGCUCAAGCCUGUCAGUCAAGUGCCUAACAAGGCAGGCUACCUUCAGCUCGGAGUGGCACCGUACGCAGGUGGCUUGGGCAGAACGUGGUGGGAUCGUGAUUUGGGCAUUGGCGGCCGAGUACACAUCAAGGAGGGCGGAAAGAUUGUGACCAAGCUGGUGAAGCUGGACUGGCCAAUUGCCAAGAUUCCAUCGCUUGCCGAACACUUUGGCGCCCCUGCAGCGGAGCCAUUUAUCAACCCCAACAAGGAGACGCGCAUGGUACCAAUCAUUGGCCUGGACACUGCUGAUGAGCGGGCCACUGCUCCUCUGGCGCCUGCAGAUCCCUUCGCACGACCAUCACUCCUAUGCAGUGGCAGCCCCGUCAACAGCUUCGUUCAGACCCAGCCACCUGCAUUGGUCAAGGCCAUUGGAAAUGCUCUUGGUCUUAACAGCGCCGAGACCCAUAACAUUGUCAACUGGGAGCUAGAGCUCUUUGAUGUGCAGCCAGCCACGGUAAUCGGGCUCAACAAGGAGCUGAUAUCAGCCGGCCGCAUAGAUGACAAGCUAUGCUCAUGGGCGGCGCUGCAAGCUCUGAUUGAGAGUCAAGCGUCCGACACCGAACACAGCUCUUUGAUCAAGGUGGUUGGUCUCUUCGAUGACGAGGAAAUUGGUUCUCUACUACGACAAGGCGCCAAGGGCAACUUCCUUCCUAUCACCCUUGAGCGUGCCGUUGGCGCUCUGUGCGGUCAUACCCCAGGCUCAGACGUGAUGGGCAGAACUUAUGCCAAUUCCUUCAUGGUCUCCUCCGACGUCUCACAUGCGGUCAAUCCAAACUUCACCGAGGUCUAUCUGGCUAACCACGCCCCCCAUCUUAAUGUCGGUAUUGCAAUUGCAGCCGACUCCAAUGGCCACAUGACAACAGACUCUGUUUCGACCACCAUUCUCAAGCGCUGUGCAGAUAUGGUUGGCGCGCAGCUCCAGGUUUUCCAAAUCAGGAACGAUAGCCGCUCAGGCGGCACGGUCGGUCCUAUGCUCUCUUCUGCACUUGGCAUUCGUGCCAUUGAUGCUGGUCUUCCGCAGCUGAGCAUGCACUCGAUUAGAGCAACGACAGGAGCACUCGACCCGGGUCUUGGUGUUUUGAUGUUUGCUGGAUUCCUCAACGGAUUCGAGGCGGUAGACAAGGAGUUGCAAGAGUAA